ACUGUGUAAUCAUCAUCUUUCUCUUUGGACUCCUGAAAACCAAAAAAAAAGGAAGUAAAACCAUCGAAUUUUAUGCGUUCAUCAAACUAAAGUCUUUUAAAGUCCAAAUUGUUUGGCUUCCCGAUCUGGGUUCUGAAGAAGCUAAGAUUUUUUUAUAGAAAUUUGUUCAUAUGCAGAUUAAUUGCAGUUUAUCGGAGCCCCAGGCUCACUCGAUCCAUCAAAUUUUGGGGCUUUUUUAUUCGUGAUUCAUCUCUUUAUGAAUUUGAUUGAUCUCUUUGUAUCCGUAUGUAUAUAUCGAGAUCAACCAUAACUAUGAGUCCAACGAGGGUUUUGCGAACUGGGUUUAUUCUAUUGGCGAUUCUUGGUAGGCUAACGUGCGCCGAUGAGCUCUCUAGGGUUUCCAAUCCUGUCUGCCCUACAAAAUCGAUCAAAGCUUCGAUCCUUGGAAUUGGUGAUUCCAUCUGUCCAUCAAGUGGAAUUGGUUAUUCCAUCGGUGUUAUUGAGGGAGACGACACAUCGAUCCAAAAGGCAUUGAGUAUGAUUGAUGCAAACACCCAUAAUUACAUAGUUGUACUUUUCUAUGCAUCAUGGUGCCCAUUCUCCACAAUCUUUAAACCAAGUUUAUCAUUGAUGUCUUCAUUCUAUCCUUCCAUCCCUCAUUUUGCAAUCGAAGAAUCCCGCGUAAAGCCGAGUUUACUCUCGAAAUACGGAGUUAAUGGGUUUCCUACACUAUUUAUUCUAAACUCAACAAUGCGUGUGCGUUAUCAUGGCCCACGGACUUUGAGUUCUCUUAUGACUUUCUACACGGAUGUUACAGGUGUUAAAGCUGAAUCAAUGGAUAAAAAAUCUCUAGACAAAAUGGAUACAUUUGUGCACAAUAAAAGUAACAACAGCAGUGAGCCGGAAUUCUGCCCGUUUUCAUGGGCAAAGUCGCCGGAAAAUUUACUCCGGCAAGAGACGUAUCUAUUUCUGGCGACUGUAUUUGUUGUUUUCCGGUCAGUUUAUCUGACCUACCCGUUCAUUGUGACAUCUGCCCGAUAUGCCCGAAGGACACGGUUUUUGAAUAUAUGGAGCUUGUGGGACCACCCGGUUACGUAUUUGAAUCGGGCUAUACAGUUUUUUAGUUCGCUUACAGGUUGUAUGGGUGUUGAUUUCUUUAAUGGAAGGAAGCAUUAGAUUUGGGUUUUUAUAACGUGAUUAAUUUGAUCUUUUUUUUUUUAAUAUACCAAAGUUUUGUUCUAAUUGGUGUUUUAAGUAACUUGCUUCGGGUUUAUGUAUUAUAAUUAUAGGGUACAACUUACAAGUGUAUGUACUGAUUAAAAAAAAUGAGAGAUGCUUUUGUGAA